UCUGCCACCACGACUCCACAACGAUCGUGCCAGUGCACUACCAGAAACAGGCGAUAUUAUCAUGAUCCGCGAUUUUUUUGUUUUGUUUCUUUCCUUGGCGGAUGUUCAAUAGUGAACUCGUUCGAUGGACGUAAAGAUCUGGAAACAAUGCUCGUUUCACAUUGAGAAGGAAUCUAUAACUGACGUGAAGUAACUUGGCCAGAUUUUGUUGUUUUUUUUCUGAAGGAGGCUUAUUUUAAUAGACGUUACUUUGACAAUGAAAUUUGGUGGAGCAAGGGACGGUAUUAGCUGAAGAUAAUUCAUUGUUAUCUCUCUUCAUGACCGUCUGCUUCUACAUUUCUCAUCUGAGAGUACAGAAAAGCUAAGACGUCACUCUUGGACAGCCUUGAACUUGUCAUCUGGCCUAGAGUUAGUGUCAUUAAGAACGUCUGGAUUAAUGCAACAUUGACACCUGACAACUGCCCAUCUAUCAUUACGGACAUCUAAGGUUUUAAUGACUUUGUCGUCAAAAUUAGCUGAUUACCCCCGAUUUAUGGAUAACCUUUGACCUCUCCAAACGAUCAAUCAAUGGCUGAUAAGAAAGAUGUAUGGAAAUAGGAUGACCUCGUCAAGGUAACCAAUGAAAAGCUUCCAACCUACUUAGUCGACAAUGACCUUGCCAGCCAGCCAAUGAAUAGCUGCCACCCAGUGCAUUACAACCAUAGCGUGCUGGAAGUUAUUCAUGUCCUCUUUAGUCGGGAAGCUGCCAUCGGCGAGCGGCCCCUGACCGCUGAUGAAGCUGCCAUGGUGACCUGCGAUGUCCAGGCUCUUCGCACAGCCCAGGCCUCUGUUGUGACUCAGAACCUUCUGGUCACUUUGGUCAUCCUGUCUAUGUUUAUGGUCACCAAAUCCUACUAUAACCACAUCAGAAGGCAGAUGGCCAAGUGUACAGUGUUUAUUAUUGGUGCAGGCCCAACUGGCUUGACGUCUGCGCUGAUUGCAUCCCAGAAUCCCCACGUGACGCAGGUCAUUGUUUACGAGGAACUGACGAGAGCUGCCCUGAUUGAAAGAUCGCAUCAGGUAGAAUUCAACCGGAAGUCCAGGGAGUUCCUAUCGUCACUUGGCAUAGACUUCAAUGGCAUAGAAGGCUGCAUGGAGAACAACAUUUUCCACACAAGAAUCGGCGUCUUUCUUGAGCAUGUUCUUGGCAUGCUUCAGCUGAGGUCAAUUCCGGUCACCUUUAAGUCAGGGGUCAAGUUUGGCAGAGAUAAAAUCCUUGACAUUGAAAGCUGCCCAGGCAGAAAGUUGGUCAUCGCCUGCGACGGCUCCAGUGGUCAGGCGGCCAGGCUGCUGGGUCUCACGGAUGAAUUCCUCCACAGUUCCUGUCAUGCCUUCGGGGCCGUGGCUUCCAUGGACAGGGCAGAGCUGAGCUCGGUGCCAUUGGCUGAGCGGAGAAUACAUGGACUUUUGUUCGACCUUUCAGCCUACGGAAUAGAGCUAGGAGACAUGGAUCUAAGUACAGGCUUCAGUUUAAAAAUGUUUGGCAGUACAAGACAUCGCUAUAUGAGUUUAGCUCUGCCCAGAACGGAAGGGACGCUGGUCAGACACAUGAGGCUGGUGCUGGACAGAUCAAUGAUGCGCAAUAUAUUCGUUCAGUGUUUCAACACAUGUAAAUGGUCUAACGAAAGUGCCCUUACGGAGGCCUGGGCCCUGAGACACCUCAAAUUCAGCCCCAGACUGUUCGACAUCAAGCUCUUCCAGAGGCUGGAAACUGUGGCCUACUUUCAGGACACAGACAUGUUUGUUUUGGCGGAGGGGGAGGCGGCUAGGUGUUGCAACUUUCAUACAGGUCUGGAUGUCAACACAGCACUCUCAGGACUAACUAGCCUUCAAAAUACAAUCAACCAGGCAGCGUGCGCCCUGACAGAGGUGGACAUUUUAAAAACAUUACACGAUAAAUCUCAACAUUCGGAGUCCAUCGCCAAACAAUUUCUGAGAUCAGGUCUCAAGCAGGAAGUCUUUACUCACUGGUACUCCUGACAGAGAGAAACCACGGGACGCAACUGCAUGCAGGGAGACAGAAAAUAAAGUUUGCAAUCUGUCAUGGGAUAGCUUCAGAUUGGCCCAUCGCAGCUGUUACAGGUCUCCUGAGGAAGAAAUUGUGAUGCUUUGCAGUGGUCAACUGUUGCAUCAGUUUGUGUUCUUCAAUUACCUUUCCGGGUUAAUGAAAGUGUAGUAGCCUAAUAAAACACUACAGGAAGACAUGUCUUGAUCCGAGGCUUUAUUGUACAAGAUGACAAAACAGUUCACAAUAUCGAUCUCUGAUGGUUUUCCUGAGAUGCCAGUCAUUCAGUAAGGCCAUUACAGUUAUCGUCUGCUGCACCUUAAUGAGAAAGUACAAAGUAGAAGAAAAACAAGUGAAUGGUUUGGACGAACCUAAACUUUUGUUGGCCUUUAGCGAUAUGAACUAAAAAAUACAAAGAUUUUUAAAAUGUAAUAACUGAAAUAACAAUGAGCUUUACUACAAGCUAGAACAUGGGCGUAGCCAGGAUUUUUUUUCGGGGAGGGUUUUAGGGGGGGGGGAUUCCCCCCGACCCCCCCCCCCCCCCCCCCGCGGAAAAAAAUUAUAUAUAUAUGUGUGUGUGUGUGUAGAUAAUUAAUCUUUAUUACAUUCUGACCCUUUCGGAAGACGUUUAUUAUUUAUUGUAGACUCCCCGCCCUUGCUAGCAAGGGGGUCUGGGGGAGUUCGCAGCGCUCCCCCAGCGCGGGGCGAAGCCCCGCCGCCGAGCACUAUUUCUGGUUUUGUAAGCCAACAAAAUGCAUAUUCUGAGGUAUCUACAGUGAAUUAUCUUGCUAUUAAAAAGUUUUAUUUCAAAAACCUAAUGUGCUAUUCUUACUGGCUUAGACCAUCUCGCGCCGUUCGGCGCAUUUUCCGGUAAGCUGUUUCCGCAACUCUUAUUUUGCGCAAUUCAUUUUGUGUGAGAACACGUCCCGCAAAACCUCAUGCGACGCUCUAUCACAACCUUACUAAGGAUUCGACUCCCAGUUUGGCAUAUGAUUUUUUUGAUUUAGACCCGAUCUCUAUGACUGACUCCUAAAAUCUGUCUUAGCCAUCUUUGUUGAGACACAUUUAAUGAUUUUCAAUUUCGGCAGAAGACUAUUCACACUUUAUUAAUGGAGCCAAAGCCACUGGUAGAAAUUUGUAACCUUUCUUGACUACGCGCUUGGAAUUACAUGCCUGUAUUUCGCAUUAGAUUUUAUAUCGAAAAGGAAAGUUUUUUCGUCAAAUCAUCUGUUGAGGGGUUUUAAACUAAUAAAUCUCGAGUUUUUUUGUUUUGUUUUUCAUUCAAAACCCCAUUUAGCUACGAUCAUAGAAUUUGGUGACUGUAGUUUGCUUUAAAAUUAUAUUGAAGAGAGAGGUUUUCAACUCUAAACGCUCUGUAGGGGAACUUUAAACUCAAAACCAUCUGGAGGGGUUUUAAACUUUAAAGAAAAAGCCAUCUGUAGGAAGGGGAUUUAAACUCAAAACCCCUUUGGCUACGCUCAUGGAUUUUAUAGUGUGUAAUUUGCUUUUUUUUAUAUUGAAGAGGUACUUUUUAGCUUCAAACCCCAACUGGAGGGAGGGGAGGGGUUUAAACUCAAAACCCCUUUGGCUACGCUCAUAGAAUUUUGAGUGUGUAAUUUGCUUUUUUUAUAUUGAAGAUGGGGUUUAUCGUAAAUUUUGGAGGGGGUUUUAAAAUCAAAAUUUUCCUCAACUGUGCUGUUGGAAUUUGGGGAUUGUUGUUUGCAUUUUUUUUUUGUUUUGUUUUAUAGAAGAGGGGGAUUUAACUGCAAAAACCUCUGGUAGGGGGUUUAAAAUUCAAAACCCCCUGCAGGGGGUUUUAAACUCAAAGCCCCCUGGUAGAGAGAUUUGUAUCUCAAAACCCCCUGGUAGAGGGUUUUUAACUCAAAACUGCCUCGGAUGUGCUGUGGUAAGUGAUGAUUUAGUAUUAAAAUCUCACCUAAAAUAAACAAAAUGAAAGCAAAAAUCAGUCACUUAAUUCCGUCCCCCCCCCUGCGGGGGGGGAUUUCAUUUCGGGGGGGGGGGGUUGAACCCCAAGAACCCCCCCCUGGCUACACCCAUGAGCUAGAAGAUGUCUACAGAACGUGUCCUAUUGAAGAUUUGUCAGAACUGAAACUAGUCUGUGAAUAAUUCAUUUUGGUAAUUAAGAGAUUCUUGGUGGCUGCUGUAUUUAUUUUUGAAAAUUCAUUGUAAACAUUUUUAUAUUUUAUUACUUUUCAAACAUUUGUGUGGUGGGAUGCUGUUGUUUUGUUUAUUAAUAUGUAUUGAUAGGGUAAAUCCAUUGUUUAAUUAUAAGUCUGAGAAUGGACUUUCUGAACGACUAUUUUACUGGGAUACAGUGGCUGUUGUGCAAUGGAAAGCAUUCUCAUGGGUCCAACACAUCAGGAACCUUCCAUCGUAUCUGAAACUUGGAAACUAGCGACAUCUUGUUUGUAAAAUGUUUUACAUGUUUCGGAUGUUCCUUCAGAGUUGAAGAUAAUUACUUCCUAGUCCAAACCUCCCGCAGGACGACGGGGGAUGGGAGCGGGCAGGGUUUGAACCCGGGACCAUCGAUAAAUCUGAACGACAGUCCAGCGUGCAAACCGCACGACCAGGCAGCCAUCUUGUUCCUUGGAGCACGUGACCAAAUAAAAUCUGACGGGCUUUUUAGGUCAUCUUAACCCCUACAGUAAAAAGCUUGACCCCGCAUUCUCUUAUACUCCUCCAGUGACAGAUUUACCUAUUAUAUAUUUAGCACUGAUAUAGAAAUUGGACUUAUAAAGGACCCAAAAAGCCCCCAUAUCUCCAAUAGCUUAGGUCUUUUUAAGUCUAAAUAUGGCUCUGACCUCUCCCCUUUGAUUUACUGGACAUUCCGUCUCUUAUCGCACGUAGUUCUGUAGUUUUUUUUUU